CGACGACGACGAAGAACGCGGCCAACCCAAAUCUUCUACACUUUGCUUGGAGGGCCCGUAAGAUCGGAUCCCCCUCCACCAGAUUCGCGUACUGAGCGAGCGCUCGCGGAACCCGGAAGUGAGCGAGGCGACCAACGGCGAACACCGCCGAUACCCGCCGUCGCGGCGACUACGAGCGAUGGCGUCACCGGGGUCGGGAUCGGGAGGCGAGCCCGGGAGGCCGUGGACGGCGACUAGCACCUGGGCCCCAGCGGGAGGCGCGGCGGUCGAGGACGCCGUGUCCUUCGAGACGACCGCAGACGACGCCGAGACUUCCCCCUCGCCCGUCGUCCUCGCCCGACCGCCGUCCGACGGCAGCGAGGAUCCAACUCCCUGCGAAGUUACGAUUAGUUUCACAGGAAAGUACGAGAUUCAUAGAGUGUACGUGCGAAGCACAGCUCGAACUUAUGAAAUAUACUAUUCAACUGACCUGAAGGAUACAAGUAAAGAUUAUCUAUGCACUGUACGCUGUGGAAUUGCUGCUCAAGAACCACAGCCUCCUGGUGAAGAAUGUGUAUCUCAGGCGAGUAGCAAUGCUGCAAUCGGUGAAAAGCAUGAACAAGAGGCCAAAAGUGUUACAAGUAGCAGUGAUGAAGAUAGCUGGGUUGAAGUCAAAAUUCCCGAGUCUCCUCUUGGAAAUUACAAGCCAGAAUCUCAAGAAGAAAGGAAUGCAAUAGGAACCUGCCAGAAAAGUACUCUGGCUCACUACGAAGCAACUGCUGAAAUAACUGAUGCAAACCCAUGUGUAUCUCUUACUGUCCGUCUUCUUUCACUUCAGUCAAAGACAUCAGUGCAUAUUGAAGAGAUCUACAUAUUUGCUGAUCUUGUUGAGUCCAGCAGUGAUGAUUCAGUAGCAGGUCCUGGAAACAUGGGAGGUAGUUCUUUGUUAGCUAUGCUUGUUCCUGGCCUUAUGCAAAUUUCCAAAUCUAGGGACUACAAAAUAGAUGAGAAAUAUUUUGCUGAUGGCUUGAAAGCCCAACUUCCUGAAUGUUGCACGUUGAAAGAUAGCAUCCCAUGCGGAAACAUAGCGAAAGAAGCAGGGCUGUAUGAUACAAAUGAUUUCAAAUUUAGGCCAGCUGGAGUGCAGAGCAGACAACCACCUGCGCAGAGUGGCACGAUAUUUGAUGAUGGCAGCAACCAACAUGAGUUACCGUUAAAUGAUCCCAAGCCUCUUCCGUUGCCUGUAAAAACAACAGAAAAUGUACAAGUGACAUUGGCAAAGGAUAAGACAGUAUCAAAUCUGUAUCCAGAGGCUAGUCCAAUUGUGAAUGAAAAUGUUACUCCGCACAAUCGUAUUGAGAGAAUGCUGGAUACUCUGAUCUCUAAGGUGGAGAAGGUGGAGUUAUGUUGCUCUAGGUUUGAGGACAAAAUGAUGAGUCCCCUCGGUAGCAUUGAGGCAAGGCUUCAGCGACUGGAGCAGCAGUUUGAUUCAUUCUCUGUGGAGAUUCAGUCUCUACGAAGUUCUUCUGGAAGAAUGUCAGCAUCAAAUAUUUUUUCUGAUACAAUUAACUCGCAGCAAAAGGAAAAUAAUGGUGGGUAUUCUGGAACUUCUGCCUCUGUGAUGUACAGGCAGCCGGGUUUGGUUAUGAGGGCACCAGAAUUUUCUUCAGAAGAUUACUCUAAUUGUGAUGUGGCUGAUGAGAAUACAGUUAAUUUGCAUGGACCUAAUGUUGUGCCAAGGGUAAUUAAGGCUCCUGAUUUCAUCUCUGAACCUGGGUUUACAUGUGAGAAGCUUCAUAGUGGGCCUUUACCUUUUGAGGGAGGACGCAAGACUUCCCCAGGUCUAGUUAUCAAGGUUCCUGAAUUUCUAAAUGAUGAAGAGGAUGAAGUGGAGGAAGAUAAACAAGCAGAAGCUGACGAUGUUGAUGUUGAUGAUGACAUUACAAAUUCUAAUGAUACUCUGAGCAAAAGCUUCAAAGGCAAAACUCCUGUAUCCGUCGAUGGUGCAUUAGCGUCUGCCUUGGAGGCGUUUCUCACUUCCACCAAAGGAACAUCACCUUCAAAGUCUGUUGCUUGCACUUCCAGUAAUGUAAGUUGUGGGAAUACUGCUGAUUCCUCUAGUUCCUUACCUUCUCAUGGACAUCUUCAUGACAUAUCCACUAAAGAUGACUUUCAUGGAAUCUUUGGUGACACAAAGAAGAUUAGUACCUCCAUAUCUUUUCAGGAGGUUGAUGUGGCUCCACUUUUUUCUAUAUCUAAGGCAAACUUGGGUAGCAGUGUUGAGGUAAAUGGACAGAAUAUUGAUAUGAUUCCGGACAAGAAGGCAUUUGCUAGCACUGUACUGUUGGGCGUUCCUUCACAGUCUCAUACAGGAUCUAUAGAUGAUUGCACUCAGGUAAAUGGACAGAACAAUGAUCCUAGUUCAGACAUGAAUCCACUUGUCACAAGCACUGAACCUGUGGAUGAUUCUUCUCAGCUUGCUUCACACUCCGGGUCUGUUGAUGGCGGAACUCAGGCAAAACCUCCUACCAUAUUUGAAUCUGUUGGUGAGACAGCUCAAGUGAAUGAGAGCAGACCUUCCUUACCAUUGGCAGAGUUUCUGGCGGCACGGAAUGUUUUUUGGAAUGGUACUUCUAAGGUGUGCUGUGGUAACGAUGACGCUGCAAUUCCGUCCUUCCAGAGAACAUUGACAGGAGCACAUAAGAACUUGGAAGAUGGUGACAGCAAAACAAGCCAGAAGAACCCAAUCUUCCAACUUUCGCUACUCAAGAAAGCUUUAGAGGUUGAUGAGGGACACGGAAAAUUUUGUGUUGACCUAUCCAUGGAGACAACCUUUGAACCAUCAAGCCAUGCAGCUCCUGCAAAUGGUGCUAACAGGCACAGUACCAAUGCAACGGAAACCUUGUCAGAUGAGGAUGGAGUUCUGGAGAAUACAAAGAGCAGCAUUAGGCUUUCUGGUGGGAUGGACUCUGUAUUCUGUAGCAGCUUGCACUCAGGUCCCAGCGAAAGCUUCAGAAAACCAGAGGUAGAACCCUCCUUGUCAGAUUUGAGUAGUAUGGAACCAUCUGAUGGAGAUUCUUCCAGAGAAGCCACCAGUUCAGGGAAUGCCACGACUGGAAAUCAUGUGGAAGAUAUUUUUGCGGGCAAUGGAGCUGGUUCUGAUGCAAGCCCAACUGUGGGGUCACAGGAGAAUGACAUAUUGGGCAUGGCUUUCAUAGCAAAGAGAACAAGUACAAGCAGCCCUUCUCUCGAAGUCUUGCUUGCCGAAUCAUCUGAUUCUGAAUCACAAAUUUCUGCUGUGGAGGACUCUGACAAUGAUGUUACUGGCCUUGGUUCGGAUCAUUUGUUCACUACAUUCCCAUCCUCAGAUGAUGAUGCCUUUGCCAUGGAUGGGCCUUUACUUGACGUGGUUGAUGCGCCGGCACCAUCAGAGGUCAAUGCGUCUGCCUCCAACAAACCCUUGCUUGAUGUGGUUGAUCUGACAAACCCUUAG